AUGGCCAAUCGAGCUAUCGAUGACUUUGAUGAUGUCUACUAUGAAGGACAGUACUCUGCACCCCGGCCUGAAGAUCGUGAAAUAAGCAAGGACGAGGCUGUUCAUGCAAAAAUGGCGCCCUUUGCUUCCUCGAUCCCGGUAGAAAAUUAUGUUUAUCCACCGCAUAAUCCCAUGCUUGGGUAUGACCCCGCAACAAAUACCUCGAUGCCAAUGGGUUUAGACCCUGGGGGUAGUUUCCCUUACGAUCUCUCUACGCACCCGUCAUCUACAUUACCUUUGGGCUAUGGACUAGAUAAAAUUGCUUCCUUGCAACCACAAGCUUCCAGACCGGGGAAUAUUUCCGCAUACUCCACCACGCAAUCUGGAGAAUACAUCCCGAGCAUGUGCUGGGACCAGCCUCAUAUUCCUGGGGUUGUUACUUCUUCAGCUCAAGGUGCGCCUUCUCAACCUCUGGCCGCCAAUCGCAACGUUGGGCCCUCAACAGCCCAAGCUUCCCAAACCCAGCAGCACCAACAUGUCCCCCGGGCCUCGGUAUCAGCGUCCCAUCGGUUAAUUCAACCAAAAAAACUACCAGGAAAGAGCUAUACUUCGGCUAUCGCAAAAUCAGAAACUACCCGAAAAAACACGCCAUAUCCUAAUAUCUAUUCAGGAAGUGGAUUUGAUAUGAUGAGUAUCUUGGCCCGAGUGGUAUCACGACACGAUCCUAAAAUUGACCUUGGUCCGGUCGACCUCUCAUGCGCCUUCGUACUUUGUGACCUUACUCUAGAAGACCACCCGAUUGUCUAUGUUUCCAACGCGUUUGAACGGCUAACAGGAUAUACCGAAAGAGAGAUUGUCGGGAAAAAUUGCCGUUUUCUGCAAAGUCCAAAUGCUCAGGUUAAAAGAGGCGACCCUCGAAAAUUUGUCGACUCAUAUACGGUUUUACGUUUACGCUACGCAAUCGAGCAACUGUCGGAGCUUCAAGUAAGCAUCAUAAAUUACAGGAAAGGAGGACAGCCAUUUAUGAACCUGGUGACGAUGAUUCCAGUACACUGGGAUUCCAGGGACUACUUUGUGGGGUUUCAGGUCGAUUUGGUUGAGCGGCCGGAUGCUGUCACUAAGAGGAAUGCCGAUGGCACUUACAUGAUCGAUUAUCACCGGAGCCAACUACCGAAUUGUGCCAUGCCUUCGCUAGACAUGUACUCGGAUUACCGUGAUCCAGCCACUAAGUUUAGCCCAAGUCAAGUGUCAGUUGUACUUGACAGCGUUGUUAGAGGUCGACCGGUAGCCAGGAGUCAUCUGCAUCACAUAUUGGUGGAGAACACUGGCGAUGUGAUCUUUGUCCUAUCCUACGAAGGGGAAUUCCUCUAUCUGUCUCCCUCUUGCCGAACAAUGCUAGAAUACAAGCCAAGCGACCUCCUCGGCAAGACCCUAUCCACAGUCUGCCACCCGAGCGAUAUUGGGCCUGUCACUCGGGACUUGCGAGCCUGCACAUCCGAUGACCCUAUUAGCGUAAUAUAUCGUAUCCGGAGAAAGUAUAGCGGGUUCACCUGGUUUGAAAAUCAUGGAGGAUGGCAUAUUACCGAAAAAGGCCGACAAUUUAUGGUCCUAGUCGGCAGAAUCAUCCCCGUAUACUCGUCUAUUCAACUCGUGGACCUUGAGCGCGGCGGCCUAACGGAGAAUGACCUCUGGGCCAAACUAUCCUUGUCAGGGAUCAUCCUGUUCAUGUCCUCGAAAUCCCGCGCAGUCCUUGGACGUUCACCCGACGAUCUCAUGGGUAAAUGCAUACAAGGCAUCCUCGGAAGCGACAACUUGCCGCAAGAUUCUGGAAUCCAGCAAGCGCUAGAAUUCUCCCGUAACAACCAACAAACUACCUUCACACAUCAAAUCCGCCACCGGAAGGGCCAUGCCUUGACCACCCAUAUAACCCUAUACCCAGGAGACAUUCCAGAAGAUGACUCAAAACCCAACUUCCUCAUCGCCCACUUUCGCUUCCCAAAACCUGUCCAACCAUCAUUAAGGACAACGGCCAACCAGUCACGGGACCAAAGCAGAAGCCAAACCCCAGGUGAUACUGGGUCUGGAGAUGCACGCCAGCUGCAAGUGGCCGAAUCAACGCUUCACCUGAAACAUCACCCCAACUUUCCGCACCUAUUCACCAAGUCCUCUGCAACACUGGUCGCGCCCUCAUCUCUUGUCAGUGAACCCAGCUCCACCCCGGCCGCUGCCACCCAUCUUUUUGGAGAACUGAACCCUACCAGAGGCUCAAGCUGGUAUUUUGAGCUCCGCGAGUUGGAAAAGCAGAAUCGUGGAUUAGCAGAGGAAGCGCAGCGCCUUCUUUCAAGGAGAAGGAAAUGGAAGAGAAAACAGAGCGCUGCUGCCGUUGAGAAGAGUUGUGUUAUGUGUCAGACUAAGACGACGCCGGAGUGGCGACGGGGGCCGAGUGGGAAUAGGGAUUUGUGCAAUAGUUGUGGAUUAAGGUGGGCGAAGCAGGUGAGGAAUGCAGCACAGCUGGAGAAACCAGUUGCUGUGGCAUAG